UGUACACAGCAUCAGGUAAUGAGACAAUACCUCAGGAAAACAAACACAAAGCGCUGGUCUGCUCUGUAGAAGCACAUUCACCCUGCUCUAAUCCCUUUGGCUAGAGUUGCUGACACUGGCUAACCCUUUAGAAUAGGCCUCUCUCAUGAUGUGGGAAGGCCAUGCAUCUUACCAACCAGUCCAUGUUCAGCAGCACCACUGCACUAUUAAGAAAACAAUACAAAAUAAACCACUAACCCACAUCGCUGAGAGGAGCAGGAAUUCAAAAAUGAUUGAAGGUGAUCGAGAACUUUCAGCUUUGAUUCAGGAGCUCUGGGACAACGACAUAAAUCGGCUGAGACCUGGGAUGGAUUAUCGCAUAUCUCUGCAGGGUAAAGCGGGUGAUCUGGCAGGUUUUGCGGAUGACAAUGAUGGAGCAGGACUGCCUUUGUUCACAUUUGUUGAUGAAAACAUUUUCAAAAAGGAGACUUUCUUGGCUUUUAUCUCACUUCUGGACAACUAUGAAAGUGAUACUGGUGAACCGGAGAUUGUCACACCAGAGGAAGAACUGGAAAACCACAAGUUCCUGGAUUCGAUCCUAAAGACCCCCACUAUGAAGAUGGCCCACAAAUAUCUCAUGGGGAAGCGUCUCUCUCCAGAGGACACCGCAGGCUUCAAGAAGCAGCUCUAUCACAUUUGGUUUGAGCUGUACGCCAGGAGAGGAUCCAGUAAACCGGACUCAUCAGGUUUCGAGCAUGUCUUUGUAGGAGAGACGAGAGGAGGUCAUACUGUCAUUGGCUUUCAUAACUGGAUCCAGCUGUACUUACAAGAGAAACUAGGACACAUUGACUACAAAGGAUACCGUGUUAAUGCCAACUCGCCUCAGCCAGAUGAGAACAAGCACAUUAUGGCUUUGCAGUUCAGCUGGAAGAAUGGAAUCAAGCCCAAAGGAAGCAUCUUCAUCGGUGUGAGCCCUGAGUUUGAGUUUGCUCUGUACACUCUGUGUUUCCUCACAUCUCCAAACGAGCGAGUCAAAGUCUCCUUCAGCAUCUAUGAGGUGGAGAUCGUCUGUCACCACUACAACCAGAAGCACAUCAGCACCACCUAUCCUGUGCUCGUCAGAUACCUCAAUGUAUAACCAGCUGCUGGGAUUCAGAGUCCAUGCAUUCAUAGUGGCUACUGAUUUCAUGUUUUCAUUUAAAAAGAA